CUCGUCGCUGCAGUCGUUUCCACUGCCUGAGGUCUUCGAGAGCCAUGCUACCCAACACCGGGAAGCUAGCAGGAUGUACGGUUUUUAUCACAGGUGCAAGCCGUGGCAUUGGCAAGGCCAUUGCAUUAAAAGCAGCAAAAGAUGGAGCAAAUAUCAUUGUUGCUGCGAAGACCACCCAGGCACACCCCAAACUUCCAGGCACAAUCUAUACUGCUGCUGAAGAAAUUGAAGCAGCUGGAGGAAAGGCCUUGCCAUGUGUUGUUGAUGUGAGAGAUGAACAGCAAAUCAAUGAUGCAGUGGAGAAAGCAGUUGAGAAAUUUGGAGGUAUUGAUAUUUUGGUGAAUAAUGCCAGUGCUAUUAGCUUGACCAACACAUUGGAAACACCUACAAAAAGAGUGGAUUUGAUGAUGAAUGUCAACACCAGAGGCACCUACCUUAUCAAAGCAUGUAUCCCUUACUUGAAAAAGAGUAAAAUUGCUCAUAUCCUCAAUCUUAGCCCACCUCUGAACCUGAAUCCAUUGUGGUUCAAACAACACUGUGCUUAUACCAUUGCUAAGUAUGGUAUGUCUAUGUGUGUGCUUGGAAUGGCAGAAGAAUUUAAAGGUGAAAUUGCAGUCAAUGCCUUACGGCCUAAAACAGCCAUACACACGGCUGCUAUGGAUGUGCUGGGAGGAUCUGGAAUUGAAAGCCAAUGUAGAAAAGUUGAUAUCAUUGCAGAUGCUGCAUAUUCCAUUUUCAAAAAGCCAAAAAGUUUUAGUGGCAACUUUAUUAUUGAUGAAAAUAUCUUAAAAGAAGAAGGAAUAAAAAAUUUUGACAUCUAUGCAGUUAAACCAGGCCAACCUUUGAUACCAGAUUUCUUCUUAGAUGAACUUCCAGAGACAGUUGCCAAGAAAAUGGAAUCACACAGUAAUGUUCCAGCAUUUAAAGAGGAGAAGCAGCAGCCACAACGAAAAUCAAGUUCUGGAGCUGUGGAAGAAACGUUUAGAAUUGUUAAGGAAUCUCUCAGUGAUGAUGUUGUCAAAACCACUCAAGCAAUCUAUCAGUUUGAACUCUCAGGUGAAGAUGGUGGAACAUGGUUUCUUGAUCUUAAAAGCAAGGGCAGGAAUGUUGGAUAUGGAGAGCCCUCUGAUCGGGCAGAUGUGGUAAUGAGUAUGUCUACUGAAGAUUUUGUAAAAAUGUUUUCAGGAAAACUAAAACCAACAAUGGCAUUCAUGUCAGGAAAAUUGAAGAUUAAAGGUAACAUGUCUCUAGCAAUCAAAUUGGAAAAACUAAUGAAUCAGAUGAAUGCCAAACUGUGAAAGAAAAGGAAAAAACAAAAACAAAAUGAAACUGUCAGCCCUAAGCUCAACAAGUAAAAACCUCACCUGUUUAAAAUCUAAUGUUGUGUCCUUCCCUCUUGUAUGAAUAUGCAUGCUUAUCCUAGAGAAAAUGAAAUUUCUUUACCUAUAAGAUUUGAAAUUGUAAUUAGAACAUCUAGCUAAUCAAACAUAAGCUUCAUUAAGUGGAAUUCUAAGACUCUGUUUUUUAAUAUUUUGUGGGAUUUGCUCUCUGAGCAUUUACCAUCUUCUUCCAAGAAAAAUAUUAUAAGCAGUCAGUCAGGGUCAACCAGUAA